AUGCUAGAAGUGACGCGGAGCAGGCAAGCAACCAGACUUGACUCUACAUACUCCAAAGCUUUCGCAAGAAUGGCUACUGCCCAGCAUGCCUUGGGUGAAUAUAGCGAAGCAGUUUCGAGCUGGCGCCGCGCUCUAGAACUACACGCGGAUGAGGCAAGGAAGAAGGACUACAUAGCCGGCUUGGAAGCCUCUAUGGCGAAGGUUCAACCUCCCCCAACUUCGACAAUCCGUUUGCCUUGGGAAGUCGCUGCGAUGAUGCUUCCCCGCCUAUCCGCAAAACGCACGAUCGAUCGAGAAUGCCCGUGUAGUAGCGCCUGGGUUAUAUAUGCUGCCCAUGAAGAAUUCAUGAACGGAAUACGAAAAUUAGGCACAUUCAGAGUCGAUAAAGACACCGGUGCUCCAAUCGGCAUGCUUGGUUGCGUAAUUGCACUCAGUAAUGGCCUACUACGCGACCAUCGAGUGGCUCAUUCGUACCCUGAACUGACAAAACUGGAACAACAGCUCAUCUUCGAAUGCGAGUCCUUUUUCGCGACUUGUUGGAUCGAAACCGACCCCUCGCCCAAGCAAGUUAUUCAGGGAGUCUCCGAACAUGGAUGGGACAUUGCCAGCCGCGCAGCUUCGUUUAUCGUUCGAGCGUGGAUUAUACGAGGCCAGCUGGACUUGCUUCGAACCAAUCGAUACGAUGUCGCUAUCGGCAACUGCGAAAGAUGUCUACUCGUUAUACGUCAGUGCCGACAACUUGCGCCUCCCGCUAAUCGUGGCGUCUUCAUGGAGGACACAUUUCUAUUUGGUGUGCAGACACUUAUGCUGGAGAUGCUCGUUCAGAAAUACAGCGCCCUCCCAUUGACUCCGAUACCUCCCACCCUCAAGCAGGAAGCUGAUUCAUUACUAUUGGCGUUGGACUGCCACGUCCCAGACCCAGCGCUGCAGAAAAACAACCCCGCCUUCUUUUACUCGUUUUUAGCUUACCCGCGAGGGACUGCCCAUUCAGCGAGAGGCUUAGUCGCCAGUAGAGCCGACUCAUUCCACGAAGCCGCUGAAGAAUACCUCUCCGCCGCACGGUAUUUCCCCGCUGACGACGAGAAGCACUGUUACAACUUGCGGCUGGCACUUAUCAACAUGAAGCUUGCCCGUUCGUCCUUUCCCCGCGCAGACCGCCUCGCAGUUAUGGCCCAGCUUCGCAGCUCGGUGCCGGCGGCCCGUGCAAUUUGGGAGCAUCUAUCUCUUCCGCGACCAGCUGCCGGGCUGUGCAGCCAGGGAUGUGCUUUGGAUGAACUGAGAAUGGAGGAAGAAGCUCUGUUACAAGAGAAAGAUUGA